AUGUAUAGUCGCAGCCAAGAUGGACUCCUUGAGAAUGGCAUAGGUGAGGGAUAUGUAAAGAGAAAACGCAGGGGUAGAAAGAAAGGGAAAGGCCAGAUGAAUUUUACAUCAAACCAGUUAAAUUCUGAAGAAGAAUGUGAUGCAACAAUAGAAGAACGUGAUAAAGAAGAAGAAACCCAAUUUGCAGAUGAGGAAUUUAAUAACAAUAUAGAACCUAUACAAGUUGUAAGUGAUACAGUAGAAAAUGUUGAAAUCUGUGAAAUAGCAGGUGAAGAUAUAGCUGAUCGCUUAGAAAGAACAGUGACUAUGGACGGUAUUAUGAAAGCACCGCCUCAGAUGAGCAUAUUGGAACCCGAACCUUAUGAAAAAAAAGAAUUGUAUGAGCCAAGUGAACCACAGGAGGUAGAAUUUUUACCAUAUAAUACUAGAGCUUUAUCGAAACAUGCCACAACGUAUGAAUUGGAGAAGUUUGAAAAGAAUUGUCUUGUUAUAUUCAAUCAAGAGAAUGUUGAAGGAUUUAAACCUCGAUUUGGCACAGAAAAAGACGUACAAGUUUUAAAAGAUACAUUUUCUAACUUCGGUUUUGAGGUGACAGAACACAAGGAUUUUACAAAGGAUGAAGUUUUCAAGGAAUUAAAAUCGUUCAGUGAAAGAGACUUCACGGAUUACGGGUGCGUUGCUGUGGCAGUGCUGACACACGGCUCUAAUCACGGCCUUCUCCGGGCCAAGGAUCAGCCCUACAGUGAGAUCGAAAUCAUAAACCAUUUCAAAGUUUACAACAAACCCACGCUGGUCACGAAGCCAAAGAUCUUAAUUAUUCAGGCAUGUCGGGGCAAGAGUGAAAUGCAAGGCGUGGUGGUGUUUCGAUCAGGGGUAAUAAAAAAAGACUACGACGAAUCGCUGGAACCGUAUACGUUGCCUGCGGAGUCCGACAUGUUGAUAUUGCAUAGUUCAUAUGUCGGCCAUCCAUCACAUAGAGAUGAACUACACGGUUCGUGGUUCAUUCAAACGCUUUGCAACAAGAUCACCCAGCUCGCUCCAACGCACGACUUCGAAUCCAUUGUGGUUGAAGUUAAACGUGAGGUAGCUGUAGAAAAAUAUCACGAAGAAUACAACAGGAGAACAUUCGAGAUGGAUAUUAACAAGCAGAUGCCCGUUACGACAUCAACUUUAAUAAGAAAAUUAUAUUUAAAGAGAUUUGGGGACGAAUCUAUGAAGCUGAUGGCAUCAUAUAAUGACGCAAGUUCCCCAAGGAACGAAGUUCUCGACAAUAGCGGUUCAAGUACGCCCCUGUUGGUCCAGUUUGGUCCUUGUUCUUGCUUUUUGGAUCAUUUUACCUACUUAAGAAAGUGCUUAAGUUAUUACGUCGAAGAAAAUCCGCACGAUGUAACCGCGAGGUCAUAUUUGGAUAUUUCUGUAUCGUUCGAAGACGGCAUUGAAUUCAACACCGCUAAAAGGAAAAUGGCGAAGGCAAUUUGUAAUUAUUUAGGUAUAUAUGCUAAGGAUACACAAUAUUUUAAGUAUUUAUAUUUUUAUAAGCACGACUGA